AUGGACAGACGUUGCUUCCUAAUUUUGUGCCAUCUACUACGAACUAGGGCCGAUUUAGAAUCUACUGAACACGUGGACGUUGAGGAGAUGGUCGCCCUCUUCCUUCAUGUGCUAGCACACGAUGUGAAGAACCGACAGAUCCAAAGGGAGUUCGUUAGGUCGAGCGAGAUAGUCCCCCAACAUUUCAACAUGGUGUUGAUGGCCGUUCUUCGACUACAUGACGAGUUAUUGGCCACACCACAACCUAUAACGAGCGGAUGCAUAGACAUGAGGUGGCAUUGUUUCGAGAAUUGCAUUGGAGCACUUGACGACAUGUACAUCAAAGUUAACGUGUCAGCAGUGGAUAGACCAAGGUAUCGCACACGAAAGGGUGAAGUGGCGACAAAUUUCCUCGGCGUAUGCGAUACGAAGGGGGAUUUCGUUUUCAUUUUAGCCGGUUGGGAAGGAUCGGCCGCUAACUCACGUAAUUUAAGAGAUGCGCUUUCUCGACCUAACGGUCUAAAGGUUCUGAAGGAGUGGCGAGGUACCGGAAAUGCUCCUGAGACACCGAAAGAGUUCUUUAACAUGAAACAUUCUAGCGCAUGGAAUGUCAUUGAAAGAGCGUCCGGUCUGUUGAAGGGAUGUUGGGCAAUACUACGUGAAAAGUCCUACUACCCAGUUGAAGUCCAAUGUCCGACUAUCAUGGCUUGUUGUCUCCUUCAUAAUUUAAUAAAUCGGGAGAUAACUUACAUCAACGAAUUGGAUGACGAAGACGAUGGUGACUCGACACAUGCAACUACUAGUGGGGAUGACAUCACAUACAUUGAGCCCUCAAACGAAUGGACUGAAUGGCGUGAUGCGCUUGCUUCCUCGAUGUUCACGGAAUGGCAAUUGCGUAAUCAGUAG